AUGGGGAAUAAGCAGACCAUCUUCACCACAAGGCAGCUAGACGCCUACCAGGACUGUACAUAUUUUACAAGGAAAGAAAUUCUCAGACUGUUCCACCGCUAUCACGAUCUGGCGCCGCAACUCGUUCCCCUUGACUACACCGAGCAGCCAGAUGUGAAGCUACCAUAUGAGCUGAUUGGCAGCAUGCCCGAGCUGAAGGACAAUCCGUUCCGCCAGAGGAUCGCCGAGGUUUUCUCCGAGGACGGCCAAGGAAACAUGACGUUGGACGACUUCCUGGACAUGUUCUCGGUUCUGAGCGAGAUGGCGCCGCGGGAUCUCAAGGCCUACUAUGCUUUUAAGAUUUACGAUUUCAACAACGACGACUUUAUUUGUAAAUCGGACCUGGGGAAGACAUUGAACAAACUGACGCGAAACGAGUUGACGGAGGACGAGGUGCGCAUGGUCUGCGAGAAGGUGCUGGACGAAGCCGAUAUGGACAACGACGGCCGGCUAUCGCUGGAGGACUUUCAGCACAUGAUUGUACGGGCGCCAGACUUUCUCAGCACCUUCCACAUAAGAAUAUAAGGAAACUGAAUCACUGACAAAUGUGAAAAACGGAGUCCUCACAUCUCUGCGUGAGGAUGUUUUUGACGGAACAUUUGAAAAUUCACUUCCAUACGAAACAAUACUUGAUUCUACGUGAGUUUUGUGAUUUCAAUCUACAAGAGAUCCAGUUAGGCAUUACUAUGAAACAUAAGCCAAAAGGUUGUCCGGCGGAUUACGGUGGUCCCGUUGUUAUGAAAGUGGUCAAGGUCAAUUACGGCAACAAACGGCCUUGAGUGACUUUCCACUGCCUCUCAGCCAGAAAGUGGAAAAGACGAAGCAUUAAGUUUGCUUUGCUUGUUUGUUUUUUUAUUCAUCCCAAAAAGUAGACAUCUCUAAAAACUGCAGAUACACAUCUUCACACUGGAAGUAUAAAGUACAGUACAAUAAGUAUAUCUCUCAAUAGAAUAUUUGCAAUGUUAUGUUCUUCACAAUGUAUGAAAUGUACUUGAAAAUAGGACUGUAAAAAUUCACAAUGUCAGCUUUAAGAACAAAAACA